UAGAACUAUAUUUUAAACUGUGCAAGCUUGGCUAAUAACGCUACGUACUUACUUACCAGAUGAAUUAUUUUUGCUCCUAACUUAACUUUACUGCGAUUAAACUGGCUACUGAGAAUAAUCACGAACAUCCAAACUUGUUAACUUUGAUAUUUUAACGAUUUCAUUUGUUUUUAAUUAUUUAAAUACUUUAUGCAUAUACAACGAUUUUGUCGUCCUGUUGACGCGACAUAUUUUUUCAUACAAAAAUAUAGGGCAUGCCCAAAACAGAUAUUGAUUAAACUCUGCAAGCUUGGCUAAUCACGUAAUGAAUGUUAAACCCGAUACUCGUUGCCUAGACUCAAUGUAAACACGACAGAUAUAAACUGAUACAACUUUCGUUUUAUACGUAAUUCAAAUUUAAACUGUGAUAUUAAAAUAUUUAAUUAAGCUGUUUAAAAAAACCUUACUAUGGAAUAACCGACGCAAGAAGUGAUGUUUUGGAAAAGACGUAAAAGGAAGGAACAAGAAUGAAUGAUAGGCGUAUGUUCCGUAAGCAACGGGAUAGCUCCCUCUAUAUUUAAAAUGUAAGUCUAUAUAGAUAUUGGAAAGUGAUCGUUGUGGUUGUUUUCAAAACUCUUCUUCUUACUGUAUAUGCUGUUUUUGCUUAUUUAUUUAAAUGACGACAUCAGUAAUGUUUUCAUUGCCAUCAAUAAGUGGUUCAGAUGAUGUGCAUGAGCGUGUUUGUUCACUCUGUUCUAAAGAAGGUAAGGAUGUGAAAGCUGUUGAAUUUUGCAUGGACUGUGAACAGUUUUUGUGUCGUUCUUGUUCCGUACAACAUGGACGGUUUGAAUCCCUUCAGAAGCAUAAAGUUGUGCUAAAGGACCAAGUCCCCAACUUGUCUUUAUCAGUUCUUAUUGGAUCCGAAGAAUCCGGUUUUGAAUGCACUGUGUGUAGAAUUUAUGGUCAGUAUACAGCUGCACGAGUAUACUGUAUGCAUUGUUGUAAAUAUUUAUGUUCUCUGUGUGAAAAUAAUCACAAUCUAUUCGGGCUAUUACAUGAUCAUAAACUAAAAGCAGUCGACCAAAUACGAAAGAGAGUCAACAAAAGUCAAUCUGAAGAUAGACAGUAUGUGGUCAUUGCAGAAGAACCAUUAUACCAAGCAAAAUUGUCAUGUGCUUCCUGUAGACGUGAAAUAGAAGACAUCCAACAGCUGUGGAAAUGUAUUAACUGCGGUUUUAGGAACACAUGUCAGAAGUGCAGUGGCCUGCAUCAAAGUUCAAAUAAGGGUCACCGGCUAAUUCCAUUCAAGGAGUUUAAAGUCAUAUAUCAGCAAUAUGGUAAAUACAUUAUGUCAGGCUCAGAAGAAUUUAUAGGACCAGUUUGUUCGAAAUGCUGCGAGAAAAGUUUGGCAAACUACCCGCAUAUGUUUUGUACAGAAUGUAACAUAUUUGUUUGCAUAUCUUGUAAAGAAAAUCACUCUUCUCACAGAACUAAGUCAGACGAUGAAUUAGGAAAAGCAAUAGCUGAUGAAAUAGGACAAAUGGAAAACGUUAAUCACGACUGUACUAUUUGCUUAGAUAGGGAUCUGCGAUCGUCAGCAGAUGGGUAUUGCUUGAAAUGUGAUGUUUUUAUCUGCCUUGGUUGUUUCAUAAUGCAUACUAUUUAUAUCGGACAAAUGUCCCAUCAUAUUCGAGGAUUGAGAGAAAUCAAUUUGCGGAAAGAGGCUUUCUUCCAAAAAUCGUUGUAUAGCGCAAAGGAGGUCAUUAUAGACCGAUGUGAUUACUGCAUCAGGAAAAAGAAAACUACAGCAGCUGCUUGGAAAUGUCUGGACUGUCGGAAAAGUCUUUGCAUCCCAUGUUUAGAUUUCCACGAAAUAACAAAUGUUGGGCAUAGCUUGAGGAUUGUAAGGACAGAAGAGGAAAAUAAUGGAAAGGGUGAUAGCGAAGAAACUCAAAAGGAUCUACAGUCUCCAAUAAGAAAGACAGAGGAUUAUGAUCAAGAAAGUUUGCCUGGUAGAUCGUACACAAAAACACUUCGGGUAACGGUCGACUUAGGAUCAUUGAGGAGCGGUUACACAAGCAUUUUGUUUUGUUUCCGUGAAGAAUGGGGAAGUGGAAAUGUGAACGACAUUCGUAUCUGUUCACUCGACGGCUUAAGAAAAUCGUCGAAAUCAUGUCUCCUUUUUGAUGCGACUGAAGACUUUCGUUUUUUUGGCGAAGAAGCUAUGACAGAGUACAAGGAGGUCCAAACUUAUGGGGAAGCGAACAAUUGGUUCUACUUUGACGAGUAUGACAAAUGUUUACGAAGUAAAACAGUGAGUAGAUUCUCCUUUCAGCUCAACAGAGUACAAAGGUGCGUAAGGUUAGCAAUUAUGAUCACUCUCCGUCUGCCGCCUGUCCGUUUGACGUUUUGGCCAACUUUAUCAAGUUGAUGGUCCUUUAUCGGUUAGCAAACAGCUCCUAAACUACAGAACCAAUAUCAUUUAAACUUAACAGGAAAGUUCCUUGGGGCUAGAAAUGAUCUUUAGGUGACGGUAUAUUAUUUGUUUUUAAACAUUUCCAUUAUCUAACAAACAUGGAAGUUAUAGAGCGUGGUUAUUUACCUCUAAGAUAAAAAGUCAAUGAAAAUCGUCUUUGUCAGAGUGUAAUAUAGCUUUAAAUAAUAAUGACCCGUGGUAAAUCUACCACCAAUAUUGUUUAAUUUCUAUUUGUU